AAAGAAAAAUUCAAAUCAAAACAAUCAAAAUAGAGUCUCCAAAUUGGCCUUCCACGAUUGCUAUAAAUAGAAUCCUUUCCCAAAGUUCCAAAAACCACAAAAUAAACUACAAAAAUGUCUUGCUCGUUCAACAAGCUGCUCAUGUCCUCCUUGUUUUCUCUAUUCAUUCUCUCCCUCACCCUUUCCAUUGCUCAAGCUCAAGUUCCCGAAAAUGCCACAUUCAAGUUCGUCAACGAAGGCGAAUUAGGCCCCUACAUUGUCGAGUACGACGGCAGCUACCGCAUGCUAAGCGUCUUCAACUCCCCUUUCCAACUUGCAUUCUACAACACCACCCCUAACGCCUUCACCCUCGCCCUUCGCAUGGGUCUAAGACGUUCGGAGUUCCGGUGGGUUUGGGAGGCCAACCGCGGCAACCCGGUCGGCGAGAACGCAACCCUCACCUUCGGAACCGACGGAAACCUAGUCCUCGCCGACGCCGAUGGCAGGGUCGCUUGGCAAACCAACACUGCCAACAAAGGUGUCGUUGGCUUCCAAUUACUUCCAAACGGCAACAUUGUCCUUCAUGACUCGAAGGGCAAUUUUAUAUGGCAAAGCUUUGACUACCCCACCGACACUCUUUUGGUGGGACAAACCCUUCGUAACAAGCUCGUUAGUCGCCUCUCCGCGGAACGGAACAAAGAUGGGCCCUACAGCUUUGUUAUUGAGCCGAAAGGUUUUUCACUUUACUACCAAGGAAAGAACUCUAACAAGCCAUUGAAGUACUUCUCUUUGGCUGAGAGGUUCAGUCCAGUCCAAGGCACUCUAAAGAACGUGACUUUACAAGCUUCACCGGAGACCGACGAGGGUUAUGCGUACGACGUGAAGUUGGAGUUAUCGACCGGUGGGAGUUAUUAUGUUGGGAGACCUAAAUACAAUGGAACAUCGUCGCUUCUUAGACUCGGAAUAGAUGGGAAUGUUAAGGUUUACACUUACAACGACAAAGUGGAUACACAAGCUUGGGAGGUGGUUUUUAGUAUUUUUGAUAGAGAAUCCUUUUGGGAGACCGAGUGCCAAUUGCCUAGCCGAUGUGGGAAUUUUGGCGUUUGUGAAGAUAACCAAUGUGUGGCUUGUCCUUCGGAGAAAGGGCUUUUGGGUUGGAGCAAGAAUUGUGCGCCUCCAAAGAUAACCUCUUGUAGGCCAAGUGAUUUUCAUUACUAUAAGAUUGAUGGAGUUGACCAUUUUCUGAGUAAAUAUACCUCUGGAAGUUCUGUGAAGGAAACUGAUUGCGAGAAAAAAUGCACUUCGGAUUGUAAGUGUUUAGGAUACUUUUACAAUACGGAAACUUCAAGGUGUUGGGUGGCUAAUGAGUUGAAGACUUUGACUAAAGUUGCCAACUCUACCCAUGUGGGUUACAUCAAGACACCCAACUAAUGAUAUAUAUAUAUAUAUAUAAUUUGUUUUCUAUAUACUUAUGUGUGGUAGAUCGUAAUUUAUACCGAGAUCUAGCUAGUUUGUAAUAAUUUCUACUGUAUUUUAAGCAAUAAGUUUGAGUGUUUAAGCAUUUUCCGUUAAAAGUAAUUUGCACAAGUUGAAUUAAAAUA